CUGGGGAAAAUCAAACGACUUUUCAAUUUGGCUCCCGGGUAAUUCCGACGUGCUGGGGAGUAUGGAAGAUGCUUGUUCAAGCUAAUUCCAAUGAUACCUGGUAUAAUCAUGUGCUGCAACAUUACGUCGACAAGCAGAAAAUCAACUGAAGUAAACGCAGUUUCGUAAAUAAUAAUUUGCUCUUUGUUCUAUUUGGGGUGGGUUCUGGUUGAAGAUGCGACAAUACUUAUUUCGUAACAAAUACUGCAUUGGGCUUGAGUCAAACCUGUUUAUUUUUGGGUAGUAUUUUCAACCUAGUUUGUCGUCUUUCGUAUUUGCAUUUGACUUAUUACUCCACUUUUAGAGGCUGGUGUCCGGCACUUCUCGUUUCUCUCCGGAAUUCCCUGCAAAUUCCCGUACUAGGGAAAAUGUCACCUCUCACAAAAAAAUUCUCGGGACCACUGUUGCACAGGAAGCGGCAUACCUUUCGACAAACUUACUACCAGUGAUUUUCAUCAUCAAGUUAAAGGUCACGCAAAUAUAUCAGGUGAAGACCAUUUCUAGACAAUGACCAGAUAUCAAACAACCCCUGCAUUUAAGGAACUAAUAGAAUCAGCCUCCAAUAUACCAUCAUCCUUGAAAAGUAGAUUACUUCAUCUGGAUUCGUUAGUUACCCAUACUGACUUAAUUGAAUUUUACAAAACAUGCAAACCAACUGAUACAUUAUUGGAUCUUAUAAAACUUACCAAGUUGGACAUACCGAACAAGAAUAUAUCUCCAAACAAACCCAAAACCAAGGAAUACUUGGCCUUGAUGGAGAGGCUAAGAUUAGAAGAAAAGGAACGCGAAUACAAAAGAUUAAUUACUCCCUCCCCAGAAUAUGAGACAUUGUACGAUAAUACCUUGAUGGGAGACGAAGAACAAAUGAGUGUGGCACAAAUGCAUAAAGAAUUAAAACAUCAACUAACCACCAUCGUCAAUAUAUUGAUUAGUGUGGGUAGCGUAGCUUAUGCAAUUUGGUAUUGGACAGAAUCGUCGUGGGGGUUACCUGUGAGUUAUCGUCUAUUACUAUCAAUUUUCUUUGGGUUGUUAGUAUUGAUUGCUGAAGUGGUUGUGUAUAUGGGAUAUUUGAACAAGAUUGAAGACGCAAGGGUUAGAGAAAGGAAGAAGAAGGAAGUGAAAAAAGUCAUUCGAACCGUUGAUUUGAAGAAGGAAUAGUAGAUAAAACUCCGUUUAUAGCAUUACACACGAUUU